GAUUUGGAUGUGUAGUGAAGUAUCCACAGUCGAAGGAAAUUAUAUCUGGAUCAUGUUUGCAAUUGCCACUUCUGAAGAAAAAAAAAAAAAAAAGUGAUAUAAUGGAGCAAAACUUAUAAAAUAUUUUUUGAAGCCACCAACACAAAAUUAGUAAAGACAAGGUGUUGGAUUUCAUGCUGUAAAUAUGAUGCAGGGCAGUGUUAUUUAUAGCAGCUGCCCUGUAAACACAUUCUUGCACAUAUGCAGUGGAUAUUCACCCUGGUUACUUAGGAAAACAACUUGGUCUCUUUGCAAAGCAUAACAUACACAAAUCCUGUUUAUCGUAAUGAUGUGGAUAUUAUUACUAGGCUUUAGUAAUAACUCAGUUUUUUUUUGGUUUUUUUUUAACACGUUUAAGGUAAUUUGCUAGUGUAUAGUUUUUAAUGUUUAACUGACAUGAGCUGUUUUGGUUACUUUUCUCAGGCUGCUGGUGACAGACAGCCUCUCCUUGGUUGAAGCUAAGGUGUGGCUCGAAUAGUUUACUUAUUAUGGUGACAUUAUUUGUACUGCUCAGGUCAAAUCAAUCCAAUGUCACUUCUUUUAGCUUUUUGUGUUCUAAGUUUUAAUGUUGACAGUGGUUUGGCCACAACUUACGGCUGGGCUAAAGCAAUAAAACAAGAAGCAUAUUUGUCAUUGAAAGAGGAAAUGUUAAUUUAUCACACAUCCAUAACCUUACAUAUGAUUAAGGUGAUCAGAGUUCAUAACAAAUAUUGGUAAGUUUGAAUUUUCCUUUUCUUAAAAGUUUCAAAAGCUCUGUUUUGUGCUCAGAUGCUCACUAAUCCCGGUUUUUAGUACAAAGACGGGACACAAAAACAUACCAUACUGUUUCCAAUAUGGUAGGCUUCAACACUACUUAGAUCUAUCCUAUUAAACAAUGUUAACACAUUUUGGUACUUAUUUUGUCUGAAUCUUUAAAAAGCCUUUUCAAAAUACCUUUAUUUCAAAAAUUAAAACGCAAACAGCUUUUUUCUUUUUAACAAUCACGUGACGCUCAUUAUGCUGUGGGUGGUGCAGCUCUGCGGGCUUGUUUCUUCAAAAACGAAACUUGAAACUGAUCGAGGAUACCGUGUGCAGCAUAGCAGGAAACGACACAUAACAUAUCGGGCUUGAAACACAGGCGGCACUUUUCUUUGUAUGCCUGCAGGGACUGUUUUCCGUCGGUAUUUCUCCAAGAUAAAAGGUGAUAAGUAAAACGCAGUGCUAAUAAUGUGACAAAAGGAGGAAGAAAAUCAUGGCUAAAAUACCUCAACAGUUACCAAGUGCUUCUGGGUGGACUGAAUCUGAAGUAAGCACCUGGCUAAGAUCAAUUCGAAUAAAGGAACAUUACAUAGAAAAACUCUAUGAAGAAGAAGUAGAUGGACAAAUCCUACUUGCACUGGAUGAGGACUUUCUAAAAACAAAAAUCUGCAUGAAGUCAGGGCCUGCUCAUUUGAUUAUUCAGAAAAGAGAUGAGCUUAUCAACUCCCAGCAAAAAUGUCAAGAAAAGAAAAAAAAAACAAAACUACUGGUUCCAAAAGAACUGAGUUUGAGGAAAAGAAAAGUAAGAAAUCAGUUCAGUGUCUUCAAACAGUAAGUGAUGGUUCUCCAGCACAAACUACACUGAGCGAUCAGGAGAAAGAAACUGCUCAGGAACAAUGUGUGUUGAUUUCAAAGGAAGACUGCAAACCACGGCCAUUCGAUCAAGAAGGGACUAAUUUCUUAUAUGUAAAACACAGCAUCCUGCAGCCUGAAUCAGGUGCUUUUAAUCUGAUAUCGCCAUGCCACGAAUUUAAGUCUUUUGCUGUAGCUGCUACAUUGGAUCGCACAAGACUCCAAGCUAAGUUUGCCAAAGAGGUUCUUAAAUUUGCAGCUGGUUGUAUGAAUAUCAGAUCAAAUGGCACAAUACACUUUGGUGUGAUGGACAGCAAGGAGGAUGGAGGAUAUGUGCACGGUGAGAUAACUGGUAUCCCUGUAACAGACAAAGAUAUUUAUGUCGAUGCUUUGGACUACAUUGAAAGGAGUUUCUCCUCUGACAAAGAGCACAUACGCCAGUGUGUGCGACCGCCAAGGUUCAUUGAGGUUAUAGAUCGACAAAGUACAGAAAAGCGAUAUGUGGUAGAGGUUGACAUUGUGCCAUUAAUAAGUAUUGUCAAGAACAAAGUGUAUGCAGUCCGUCUGCCAAACUUCAAAGAAUCAACAAACAAAGUAGAGUUUGAGAAAGAGAUGAUUUUGCGAAGAGUGGGUUCAAAAACGGAGCCAGUGAGUGACAAGGACCUAAGUGACUUUUACCAAAGAGUCAAAGAUCGUGAUGCUCAAAGAGAAGAAGCAGAAAAAAAUCAUUUCCUUAUUGCUCCAGAAGUGUGUCAAGACCUUGGAAGAAAACUCACCAUGCUGAUGACCAGUGGUAAGAAAUUCAUUGAAAAGGAAAAAUGGUUCAUACUCGUAACAAACAAAUUCAAACCUGAUGACCUUUGUAACAUUGACUGGCUGAUUAACAUGAAUAUUUUCUGCGUGUUUGACUUUGACCCAGACUCAAAGAUAUCAGGUCUUUGCAGUAGAUACCUUAACGACCGUGUUGCAAAUAUGCAUUCUCUCCAGAGCUACAAGGUGUCCGCUGGCACAAACAUCAAAGAAUUCACAAGUAAGCUGGUUUUGUUCGAUCAAGUUAGUUGGAUCUUUUGCAAUGGCCGUACUGACUUCAAAGGAAAUGAAGCUCCAUGUGAUGAAAUGACUUGGAUUAAGACAAAAAUGAUUCAAUUUAAGAAAUCUGUGUCUUUAAUCUGUAAUCGGAUUUUGUCAAAAGGUACAUUCCAGGUCAUAUUUCUAUUAUCAUCACCAGUUGAGAAACCACUCUUGCACACCUUCUAUGAGUUUUUCACAGACAUGGAAGGCCAUGAAGACAUCAUCUGCAUCUGUGAAUCAGAGGAAAACUUCCAUAAGUGGCAAAGCUUUGCAGAGGGUUCAUGUGGGAAAGAAGCUGUAAACAAUUCCAGUGUUGUUGGAAUGAAAAUGAGCCACAUUAAUGCAACUCUGCAACAUAUACAACCU